UUGUCUGUUUGCACUGUCUGCAGGACACAUUUACACAUUCUCUGAGUUGACCAUUAACCAACAUCUAACUGUUAGCAAAAGGCUAGUGGCUCACUUUUAGCCAAACACCUUGUGUGCUUUGUGGUAUUUUUCUCUGAGCUUCACUCCAAACUGGAAGAGUUGCAUCGUUAAUUCUAAAGAUGAAGUUCGACAAUGUGCUGGCAGAGGUGAACGGCUUUGGGAAAUUCCAAAUAAGGACGAUCCUCUUGAUGGUGAUUCCUCGUAUGACUUUGCCUUUUCACUUUCUGCUGAAUAAUUUCAUUGCGGUUAUUCCCUCUCACCACUGCGACAUCAGCUCUCUGGAUGAUGGAGGUCUUUUUAGGAAUUUAUCCCAGGCAGAGAGGCUGGUUGUUAGUAUUCCAGUCCAGGAGGAUGGGACUCCAGACUCCUGUCUGAUGUUUGCAGAGCCUCAGUAUCAGCUGCUGCUUAACUCCUCCAACACCACUGAGCUACCCACAGUGCCAUGCCAGAACGGAUGGGUGUACGAUAACACCACCUUUAAGUCUUCGCUGGCCACAGAGUGGGAUCUGGUUUGUGAUAAGAGAAGAAUGAACAAAGCCAUGGCAACUGUCUUCUUCAUCGGGGUCAUGCUUGGAGCCGCAGUACUUGGCUCUCUUAGUGACAGGUUUGGCAGGAGAAUAAUGCUUCUGGUGUCCUACAUAACAACCGCCUUAUUUGGAUUUGCAAGUGCCUUCUCAUAUAAUUUUGCCAUGUUUGCUGCCAUGAGGUUUUUCACUGGGUUUGGACUUUCUGGAAUAAGUAUCAUCUCCAUCGUCCUUUGUAUUGAAUGGGUGGACAUCAAGCAUAGAACUGCAGUUGGCACAUUAAUGAGCACGGACUGGAGUGUUUUUACUAUUGUGCUACCUAUUGUGGCCUAUUUUGUCACUGACUGGAGGUACCUCACCGCUACAGUAACCGCCCCGCUGCUUCUGGCAAUGAUCUGCUGGUGGUGGGUCCCUGAGUCUGCCAGAUGGCUGAUAAGUAAUGGAAAGAUCAACAGAGCUCGUUUUUACUUGAACAAGUGUGCAAACGUGAACGGCAGAGAGCAUUUCAUCGCUGACCUAAAGCCUGAGCUUCUUUCCAAGGUAAUAAUUGUAGAAAAUGAAAACAGAAAAUAUUCCUAUUUAGAUCUUGUGAGGACCCCCAGAAUGAGGAGACUGGCUGUACUCACUGGCAUUGUUUGGUUUGGACUGGCCUUUACAUAUUACGGAAUCAGCUUGAAUAUCAGUGGAUUUGGUGUGAACAUUUAUCUCACGCAGUUCAUCUAUGGCACAAUUGAACUUCCAGCAAAAGCAUUUGUCUUUUUAACUUUGAAUAAAAUUGGCCGAAGGUUGAAUCAGGCGGGUGCUCUCAUUAUGACUGGACUGUGUAUAUUCUGCAACAUGUUUGUCCCUCAAGAUAUGGGGGUGUUUCGGAUAACUCUGGGAGCUUUGGGCAAGAUGUUCGCAGAGGCAUCUUUUACCAUUGUUUUUCUGUACACAACAGAGCUUUACCCCACAGUAAUGAGGCAAAAUGGAUUGGGUUACAGUUCCUUCAUGGGCCGUAUGGGCGUGUCUGUGUCCCCCCUGAUCAUACUUCUUGAAGAAGCGUGGGGCCAUUUGCCGAGUACUAUUUUCUCCUUGAUGGCUGUUGUCGCAGGGCUGUCAGCUUCUUUGCUUCCUGAAACAACAAACAUCCGUCUACCAGAGACCAUUGAGGAUGUGGAGGACACACGAAGAAGAUCAAUCUCCACAUCUGACGAGAAAUCUCAACCAUAAAUGUUUUCAAACCAAAAGGUCCAUAUGCUGAGUUGGAGGGUAUAUUAGUAAUGCUAAUGUGUUAUAAAUAAUAAAAGAAAAAAACCUUACUCAGUAUAACUUUGCUUUGUG